AGGGAAGGGAAAAAAUUUAAAAAAAAAACAAAGAAAAAAUAAAGCAAACUGAAACAUCAAUAAAAAAAGUAUUGAAGACAAAAUAUAGUACAGCAGUAAAUGCCUUCCACUAUAAUUUUUUGAGAAUGCAUCAUUGAAAAGGUGAGAGAACACUUUUUUUUAAAUUGGGUUUAAUUUUUAUAGCAUCAUUUUUUGAUAAUAUGGUAAGAAAUAUGAAUCAGCUGUACUAUACAUGCUCUUUACUUUAAAAUGUUAACAAUACAUUACAGUACAGUUGUGUUUUUCAUAGUGAAAGCUCUCUUAUUUACAUUUUUUUAAUAUUCAUUAUAAGAUAAUUUUAGCUUUGUAAAUUACAUCUGUAAUUAAGAAUUUUCUGAAUAAAAGUAAAAGUUCCUAAUUUUUAAUUUGGAAAAUGUAUCUUAUUCAGAUUUUCCCUUUGAUUAGGAGAGGCAUCUAGUUUCUGUUGUUAGGAAUUUCAUACAGUUUUGACACCCAUGCACAUGCAUUAGUUCAAGUAAGAGGGAGGUCACAGUGCUACAUAGUGUUUAGAGAUACUGUAAUUUAUUAUUAUUUAUUUUCUCUAAUUAAUGUUACUAUUCACAUUUUGUUUACUCUUAUGCAUUCUCUACCAUCUAUGGGCCCAGCUUAUGAGGCAUACAUGAUAUAUUAUCACCUCUAUCAGGCAUAUUACAGUCUCUUUUUUUGUGGUGAUUUUGAGAGCAAAUUUCAUUUCCGCACUGCUCAACACUUCCCAUUACCAAUCAUAUACCAGAACUGCACCAAGACCUACCCUAGCCAGAAUGAUAUUCCUUUCUAUCUUCAUAGUUCAUAUUUACAGCUGCAAAGUUUUACUCCUGAAGUCAAACCUGUUGGUCAGCGUCGUGCCCCUCCCCCACCACCUAUUCCCAAUCCUUCAAUUACUUCCAUGUCUUCUACUUCUUCUCAGUCUUCUUUGCAUCGAUUCCCAACCAAUACCCACACUUCCCCACCUCCCCCUCCCCCUCAUGCUCCUCUCCAUCUUCAAGUGGGAGUAAAACUGUAUGGUACGGAGGCUUCACACUGCUAGGGAUUCCUUGUCUCGUCAGCGUGGUGUACCAGUUGGAUGAAGAGCCCUGUUUAUGAAGUGUCUUGUUCGGGGAUGUUAUGAUUAUUGGAUACUUGGUAUGUGCUUUCCUGCCUAUGCAAUUAAAAUAUGCUAAACAUCAUGCAAACUUUGUAGUAUCAGUUGUUGAGAGUGAAAAGGUUAAUGAUUUAACUGUCCUUUUUGGAUAAGAGUAAUGUGAUUUUUGUGAUGGAAAUGGGUUGGUAAGCCAAAGUCAGAAUGAAUUCUGGACUCCAAUGGUAGAAGGAAAAAUCAAAAGUGUUGUACUGAAGUACAUUUUGAACACUGUGUUUGGCCAAUUGCUGAUAAAAUGGCUGAAUAUAUUAAAACAUCACAUGUUCAGUGUGCGAAAUGACCUUUAAAUUGCAAUGGCACUGACACUACAUGAGUGCAAAGAUAGAACUGCAUAUAUAAGUGCCUUUUGUAUAUUAUGCACCCUUUCCUCUCCAUAAAGUAUUGAACCCAAAUGCUGACCCAGUUGUUGCUGAUGACCAUAUGUGAUUAACGUGAUACUCUGAAAUUUAAUGGAAUCAGCUGAAGAAAAUAGCGAAGAAUUUAGAUAUGGAGUGCUGACAUGUGAAUAUUUUAAUUCAGAACUGAGUGUGCAAUAUUUUCUGGAAUAAGGAGUGCCUGAACUGGAUGUUAUUUAGAUAUAAUAUUCUAGACAGAGUCAGGAAUUGAUCAGAAACUACUUUGACUUCCUAAAACUUAUGAGUGCCAAGUUACUCCUGUUCAUUUCUGUAAAUAUUGUUGAUGUUCAUACAAAUACCUGCUCAUUUUUGGUAAGUCGUUGGAAUGUUAAGCCAAAAACUUGGGUGAAUGAGUACAAGAUUGUCUUGAAGUUUAAAAUUUGAGUUAGCUGGUUACCAUUUCAGUUAUUUUAAAAACCCUAAAAGGUUCCUUUGAUAAGAAAAAUAUAUUUUCAUUACCUGUAUUACCAGAAAGGGUGAUUGAAAUUAGAAGAGUUGAAAACUUAAAAAAAGUUUUGCCAUGCAUCUAAUGGUAUAAUUAUUCCAUUGGAAGUGCUGUUUGAAUUAGUGUAAAAUAAGCUGUCAUUGUGGAAAUGAGUUAAUUUUAUACAAGCAUUUUCUUUGACAAUCAAAUAUAUAAGUAAUGUCUCUUGGAUUAAUACAUUACAUCUUAAGUAUAAUAUGACAGACAUUAAAAGAGUAACAUUUACAAGCAAUAACUCAGCAAAAAUGUCCUUAAUCAUCCCUUCCAUGGAAACUUUUAGGUGUUGCAAAGGUGAUUUUUACACAUUCCUUUUAGGGUGCCAGCUGUACUUUUUUUGUUUUUGCAUUGGAUCUUCUAAAUUAUUAGUUGAAAGCUCAAUUUUUUUUACUUUAAACUUAGUAAUACUAUAUUACAUUCAUGAAAGAGCUUUGUGAUUUUGAUAACAUAUCAAGCCUUCCGCUAAUCGCUAGGAUCAUGGACGGUCUUGAAAAAUGUGUAUUUAAGGAGACUGGAGUCUUGAAAAGAAAGUGAACUGGUUGCAUGUUACUGUGCAGCCCGUCCAUUAUCAUCUUUACAAUGUAUUCCAGGAGCAGUCAGUGCCUUUCUUGUAUAGAAUGGAGUCUCAGCAUCAUGAAUGGAUUUUAGUCCUCACAUCUUGCCGCUCACUCCUGCCUCAAUUUGCUCUGAAACUAAUUCAUACAAAUAACUUUGUGGGUGCACCAGUCCUUCUAUAUUGUGCUCUCUGGAGCAACACACUGACAUCCAUUAUCAUUUACUGUUUUGAGUACAUUUGUAUUCAAAAUCUUUGUAUUCUCUGUUUGGUCAUUUUUUUUUUCAUAUUUCUGUCUUGUUACCUUCACAUUUACCUACUUUAGAAAUAAGUUCAUUUUCCCUUAUACUGGAAUAUGUUCAUGAUUAUUUAGUUGUAAACCAUUAUAUUUAUUGCCUUCUGACUUGUCUGAAAGUGCAAGAUCAAGAGUUCUUCAGCUGUAGCUGACUCCUGUUUACACUCUAGUCAGUCGCACUACUGGUGAUGUUGCUGAAGGUAUGAGCACUGCUGAAUUAUAAGCCAUUAUAGUAAAUAAUGCAACUUUUAUAAUCCUUAACAAGUUAAAUGUGUUUUAUGACCCACAUACACCUACACUUACACACACCACACACACGUACGUACUUACGUGCAGUGACUAUUAUUAUUAUUACACUAUGUUGUACAUCAUGUACUGUACUUAAAAAAAAAUGCAGGAAAAGUUUUGGGGUAAAUCUCCUUCAUAGACAAAAAAAAAAAAAAAAAAAAUUGUGUAACAGUGCCAAAGUUGAAUUAUAUAAUUAUGCAUGCGUGCACACAUGUAUAAUUAGUUAGUUGAUUAUGCAUAGAUGGACAUCCAAGAAACGUUUUUUUUUUUUUUUUUUUUUUUUUCAAUAUAUAAGUGGAAUGACCUAUACAGUGAGACAGUAUAAGCUGAUUCUGUACAAGAGUUCAGAAGUAAGUGCAACCAGAACUAAUGGUGAAGAAAAAGGUAUAUGUCGGGAACAAGCUCUUGUAAGGACGACAUUUUGCUUUAUGCAAAACUUCAUUAAUUUGUGAAGUUGUACACCAAAAUGUACACCAAUGAAAGCUCGUCCUGCAACAUAUCUUUUAUUUUCUUUUUCCACUAAUGAGAAAUAUAGCCAAGGGUUAGGAAAUUUUUUUUUUUUUUUCAAUCUUCAAGGUAGAAAGUGGAAUAUCUAGAAAAUUCUAGAUGAAUGGGUUGUGGAGGCAAACACUACACACAGUUGCAAGAGUAAGUAUAAUAGGCAGACUGAAAUCCAUUAAGAAUUAGGAUACACACACACACACA